GGUUUGCCUCCCCGCCCCCUCCCCUAGGCGGCGAAGCGAUCCGGGUCUCUAGAAGGGUGCAGCCCCUGGCCGGGCGCGCUCUCCGCGGUCGGGGAGUCGGGAGUGCGGACCCCGAGGCGGAGACUCUUCGGGGCUGGGGUGCCGCUGCCCCGACCCAGGGGGAGCGCGGGGCGCCUCUCUGCCCUUCCCCUGCGCCCCGGCCGCGUGGCUUGCGGCUUAUUUUCCCAGCUGGCGAGCGUCGCGCUGCAGACAAGGGAAUGCCUGUGGUCCUACGUCUUCAGGAGCUCCGGGACCCCCUGAUCCCACCAAGCCCCCUCCAGGAACUGAAGGGUUAAGAAUGAUGAGGAAGAGGAGGAAGCGAGGCGCGUCCCCCGGCCCAUGCCGCAGCCACGGCCCCGGACCCGCCACGGCGCCCGCGCCGCCGCCCUCGCCGGAGCCCGCGAGACCUGCAUGGACGGGCAUGGGCUUGAGAGCAGCCCCUGCCUGCGCCGCCGCCUCCGCUGCCGCCGGGGCUGAGCCGCGCCGCCGCCCCCGGCUCUGCCCGCCGCCGCCGGCGCUGCUGCUGCUGCUGCUGCUCAGCCUCGGGCUGCUCCACGCAGGUGACUGCCAACAGCCGGCCCAGUGUCGUAUCCAGAAAUGUACCACAGACUUUGUGUCCCUGACUUCACACCUGAACUCUGCCAUUGACGGCUUUGACUCUGAGUUUUGCAAGGCCCUGCGUGCCUAUGCUGGCUGCACCCAGCGGACUUCAAAAGCCUGCCGAGGCAACCUGGUAUACCAUUCUGCUGUGCUGGGUAUCAGUGACCUCAUGAGCCAGAGGAACUGUUCCAAGGAUGGUCCCACAUCCUCUACCAACCCAGAAGUGACCCAUGAUCCCUGUAACUAUCACAGUCACACAGGAGCCAGAGAACAUAGAGAAGGGGACCAGAACCCCCCCAAUUAUCUUUUUUGUGGCUUGUUUGGAGAUCCUCACCUUAGGACUUUUAAGGAUCACUUCCAGACUUGUAAAGUGGAAGGGGCCUGGCCACUCAUAGAUAAUAAUUAUCUUUCAGUUCAAGUGACAAAUGUGCCGGUGGUCCCUGGAUCCAGUGCUACUGCUACAAAUAAGAUCACCAUCAUCUUCAAAGCCCAUCGGGAGUGUACGGAUCAGAAAGUAUACCAAGCUGUGACAGAUGACCUGCCGGCCGCCUUUGUGGAUGGCAGCACCAGCGGUGGGGACGGUGAUGCCAAGAGCCUGCGCAUCGUGGAGAGGGAGAGUGGCCGCUACGUGGAGAUGCACGCCCGCUACAUAGGGACCACGGUGUUCGUGCGGCAGCUGGGCCGCUACCUGACCCUCGCCAUCCGUAUGCCAGAAGACCUGGCCAUGUCCUACGAGGAAAGCCAGGACCUGCAGCUGUGUGUGAACGGCUGCCCCCUGAGUGAGCGCAUUGAUGACGGCCAGGGUCAGGUGUCGGCCAUCCUGGGGCACACCCUGCCUCGCAUGUCCUUGGCGUGGACCUGGCCCGGUUACACACUGGAGACUGCCAAUGCUCAGUGCCAUGAGAAGAUGCCAGUGAAGGACAUCUACUUCCAGUCCUGUGUCUUUGACCUGCUCACCACUGGUGAUGCCAACUUCACCGCCGCAGCCCACAGUGCCUUGGAAGAUGUGGAGGCACUGCACCCAAGGAAGGAACGCUGGCACAUUUUCCCUAGCAGUGGCCAUGGGACCCCCAAGGGAGGCGGCCAUUUGUCUGUCGGUCUAGGACUCACGUGCUUGAUGCUCCUUGUGUUUUUGUAGGGGUUGUCUUUUGUUCUGUUUAUUUUUUUUGUCUAUAACAAAUUUUAAAGUAUAUAUUGUCAUAAUAUAUUGAGUAAAAGAUUAUAUAUAUGUAUAUACCAUGUAUAUGACGGGAUGUUUGUCCUGGGACACCCCCCAUAUUGUACAUAAUGUGUUUGACUGUUUUCACCUACGUUGGAUGUAGCGUUCUUUGAUUGUAUCGAUUUUGUUUUGCAGUUUUGUGAAAUGUUUUAUAAUGUCCCUGCCUGGGGACCUGUUAGAAAGCACUUUAUUUUUUAUAUAUUAAAUAUUUAUGUGUGUACCUGGU